CAUGCAUUCUAGUGGCGGAAAGAUAACCAUGUGCUAUUGAUGUUGAAAUCUUGAAGAGCACAUCAUAUUCUAAAUUAAAGCAACCGAUCUAUCAAGGAUUUUAUCAUAGUGUGUGAUAAUUAAUAUAAUAUACCAACAUGCUUCAAGAUUAUCUGUUAAAAUAUCACACAAAAGAAUUAGAAGAGAUAUUAAAUGCCACGGACGAUCACAUGUUCUAUUCGAUACAUGUAAAUUUUGUGUCCUUAUUUGAAGUUGAUGCAGACAAUGCACAGAAAAUCUUACGUAAUCCUAGACAUUUUUUACCACUGUGUGAUGAAGCAGCAGUAAAGGCACAAGAACAACUAUGCCAGAUGAACCAAACAGUAAAGACUAGAGUUCAUGUCAGAAUUAUUGCUGUGCCGAUAAAAAUCGAUACAGGUCAAAUUGGAGAGCUGGUUUCAACAUCUGGGAUUGUUGUACGCAUGUCUCAAGCGACAGUUAUGAAGCUGAAGAAACGUUUCAUCUGUAAAAAGUGCAAGCAUGUCACUGUGAUUAAAUUAGAGUGGGAGAGACAACUGUUCAGGGAUGCCAAGAGCUGCGAAGCGUGUCAUUCUCCAAGCAUAAGAGCUUCAACAUUUUUAGAACAAGAUGACUGCUCCGACUAUCAAGAAAUAAAGAUUCAGGAUAAGUGUAAAGCAGGUACUAAGAGCUGCUAUGCAAUGGGUUUACAAGUAGUUCUGUUGGAUGAUCUCAUUGACAAAUGUAGACCUGGAGAUAACAUAGACAUUAGUGGGAUAAUUAUACGAAAAUGGGGUACGCUGAAAGUCGGCAAACGUGCAGAAGCCACGACGUUUCUGAUGGCAAAUAGUAUUUCCGUACGCAGGAAAAUCUCGGAGGCAACGUUCUCCACCGCGGAAAUGAAGAAUACCUUCACAGCGUAUUGGGAAAGUUAUCGAGAUAAUGCGUUACUUGGCAGGGACAAUAUCCUCGCCUCCAUCUGUCCGCAGGUGUACGGGAUGUAUGUCGCGAAAUUAGCCCUGGCGGUUGUGCUGUGCGGCGGUGUCGCCAAGACUAACGAUACAGAGACGCGCGUAAGAGGCGAGUCCCAUCUCCUGUUGAUCGGAGAUCCGGGCACUGGGAAAUCGCAAUUGCUUCGCGCCGCAUCACGACUAAUUCCAAGGUCCGUCUUCACAACCGGCAUCGGUACUACCGCCGCUGGACUCACAGCAGCUGCUGUCAAAGACACGGACGGCUGGCACUUAGAAGCCGGCGCUUUGGUGCUCGCGGACGGAGGUGUAUGUUGCGUGGAUGAGUUCACGACGAUGAGCUCGCAUGAUAGAACCUCUAUGCACGAGGCGAUGGAGCAACAAACAAUCUCCGUGGCCAAAGCCGGCAUGGUGAGCACGUUGAAUAGUCGUUGUUCAGUCAUCGCGGCUAUUAAUCCGGACGGCGGAUGUUUCACUGGUGGAGAGUGGAAAACUUGUCUGGGAAAUCCUCUUUUGUCGCGCUUUGAUCUGAUUCUCCUCUUGCGAGAUAAUAAAAAUCCUGAAUGGGACCGAAUGACGGUGGCUCAUAUCCUGAAAGCCGCUUGCGAAGACGAAGAAAACAAUUCUUACCCCGAGGUAUACAUGGGCCCUUCAAACUUGACAGGUCUGUGGAGAGAAGAGAGCCUUUGCGAGUAUUUCGCACAUGUGCGCGCGUUAAAACCGGUGUUGACCGAAGAAGCGAAAAAAAUACUCAGCGCAACUUAUCUUUAUCACAGAUCGAAUCAGUACAGAAGGCCCGAGAGAACAACAGUGCGUCUUUUAGAUAGUCUUAUCAGAAUGGAUACAAGCUCGUUAAUUCCAGCGGGACUUCAAGGCGGGCAAUCGAAUUUGUGCGAGAUACAAGCGGGAUACAAUAAGUUUUCAGAAAAUUUGCGUAGAUUCACACCGCAGUCUAUACAGUGCGCUAUAUUUUGCGGUGGAUCCAGAUGCAAGUAUGAAAAUUCAAAGGCUUGGCCACCCGUCCACAUGGCAAUACAGAACAUCUUUUCGCAUUGGGUGACUGAUGAUGUCCUUGCGAUGGCACGACCUAACACCGCACAAAUAAUAAAGAAGGAUAUAAUUGCCCAAUUUCAAGGGUGGAGCAUAAAAACCAUAAUAAACCUGCAAACACCCGGCGAACACGCGAGCUGUGGGGGACCUCUCGAAGAGAGCGGUUUCACAUAUGAUCCGAACAUUUUUAUGAAAAAUGGCAUUUACUAUUACAAUUUCGCCCUGAAGGAUUAUGGUGACGCUACGAUGGGGAAGCUUCUGGAUAUGGUCAAGGUCGUGGCCUUCGCCGUGCAAGAAGGAAGAGUGGCCAUUCACUGUCACGCCGGUCUCGGCAGAACUGGUGUCCUGAUCGCGUGCUACCUUAUUUACAGUCUUCGUGUGAGAGCAAACGAUGCAAUAAGAUUUGUCCGUAUGAAGCGGCCAUCCGCCAUACAGACGCGCGGGCAAAUACUUUGUAUUCAGGAAUUCGAGCAUUUUGUACUUCCGCAAAUGAUAGUAUUCCCUUUACACAGUACAACCGGGGACCGCAAGCCCUACAGCGUUCAAUCGUACCUGAAGAAGCAACACAAUAUGUUACACGGAUAUGAGCAGCGCACUUUCAAGCAUGUUCCAAAGAUUAUAUUUAUUAUUUGCGAGCGAAUACUUCAACUCUGCGACUGUCAAGAGGACAAUUCGCCAUCCGAAAUUGCGUAUGCCAUCUCUAACGUGCCUUUCACGCAAAGGUUCAUUUGCCACGUGUUGGAGAAAUUCCGUGACGGCAAGGGUAACAUACGGCACUCCUAUUCAUGGGCGGAGUCCCUUACGGACUCGUCCUACGAAUACUCAACUUCCACGAAAGCGUGCGGUAGUAGUAGUCAAGGAUCGUCCCGAGACAUUUCCGAUGAUAUAGGAAGAUUGAGCGAUGUGUUUUGUAUGUCACCGGAUACCCCUUCUUGCGACUCCACAUUUCCAGGUCUGGAUGACAGCUGCAUCGACGAUGUCCUAGGGGAUGGUAUUCACGAUCAGGACAUACUCGAUAAUGACUGUUACAAGGAAAUUCAGUCGCAUAUAGAUUUAAGGAGCGUCGCCCGUAAUGAAGCUUACGAAACGGUGACGGCCGAAGAAGCCAUAAAAGCGCUAAUCAAAGAUAACACUUCUCUUUCGGAUCCCGUAAAGAAACGUUUGCACAAUUAUCAGAGUGACUUGAAUCACCGAUGUACCGCUUGGCAACGAUUGGAAUUGGAAACUAAUUUGGAGAUUCUGUCGGCACUGCUGUUCGAAUGGCUGGAGGGUCUCAAGCAUCCGCUUCUCGAUGUUGAUAGCCUCAGUUAUAUCGUCGUAUGGAGUUCGAACCCGCAGCGGUGCCUUGGAAAAUUAUCCAUUUGCACGAAAUAUUUACUGGAAUAUCUCUUCCGAUUUGUCACCCGUCUGAGGCCCGUGACAGCUGAAAGCCAGAGUUUAAUAACCAAAAGGCUCAUGGCAGCCCUAACGCAGCAAACAAUCUGGAUUAAAAACUCCUUUCAUCCCCCUAAUAAACAUUUCCAGAAACUGCGACGGGGCACCGCUGGUAAGCUCAAUGAAUUCUUCGUUCGUUUGAUGAACUUGAUAGAGGAAGUCAACACCCAGGAAGUGGACAAGCCCCCGUGGACGUCGAAAUGGGAAUUAUUAUCUACUCAUUUGCGAGAUAUGGAAUGUCAGAAAAACAACGAGCAGGAGUGACGAACUCGCUAAUUCAGCAUUCUGACAGGUUUUAUUCUAAUUGCCAACGACAUAGAUAUGCUCUUAAUUGUUUGCUUAAUCAGGUAUGAAUUAUGAUAAAUAAUUUAUCGUAUGCAAGUUUCCCACGGUAUACAUUUCAAUAACUUUCGUUAAUGUUGCGAAACAUUUCUUGUCUGUAAUAACAGCUGCGGGUAACCACGUGAGCGAAACGCGACUCUCUGUGGAUUUGAGGGAUAUAAUACUUUUGUAACGACACGAAAUAUGAUACGUGGAUAAUAUUUUUGUUACUGUAAGUCUCGUAUCAAUCAUAGUAUAAAUUACUAUUGUUCUGACCGCGAUAAAUUUGAAAUUGUACACUGUGACGAAUUACCUGUAAUCGAGCACUUUCUGUUGUUCUUUCGAUCGAUAGCAUUAGAAGAAUCGACUUCCAAUAUUAGUAACGACUAUGUGGACUUCUAAAUCGCUUAAUUUAAGUCUUAUGUAUUAUAGUACAUACAUGGGUUCAGCUUUGGUCAACUCUGAAUAUAUAAAUAAGCGAUUAUGAUCUUCAAUAUUUAUUUUUACAACGAAG